AUGGCCGCUAAUAUUGCAGCUGAACUAACCCAGCAUCUCAAUGCCCGCCAUCUCCAUCCUACGGCGGCCUGGUUCGAGAGUUUUCUUUCUACCACCCGGCCGAAUACACCACUGCCCGCAUUAAAGCAGACAUUACUAUUCCGUCUACUAGCAACCGAUAUCACAAAAUCCCUAAGUCAGCUGCCCAGCUCGGUGUUCCCUAGCGACGUGCUCAAUGGAAAUACGCAGUCUCGCAUCAUUCCUGGCCCUAUCGUCUGCCAAGUGCUCGACAUUGAGGACAUCGGACACUCGCGCUGGUCCCAAGUCGAAGCCAUUGAAGCAAAAGAGCGGGGCGAGACGACCAAAGGAAGAGAAAUUGUGCGCGUAGUCGAACAAGACAACGAGACUGCUACCGAGGCUGCAGCGCCUGCGCAAAGUAAAGGUCCCUUCAAGCUUCUCCUUCAGGAUGCCAAAGCCCUCAAGAUCUACGCCAUGGAUCUAAGAGGCAUCGAUGGCCUCCACACAAACAUGGCCAUGGGUGCGAAAGUGGUUUUGAAGGACUUUGAUGUAAGAAGAGGAGUGAUUAUGCUUGAGCCAGGCAAUGUCCAGGUUCUGGGUGGGAAAAUUGAGGCGCUCGACAAGGCUUGGAAGGAGGGGAGGAAGGAGCGGCUCAAGGCUGCUGCCAAUUCGCCAGCAGAAAGCGCGGGGUGA